CCUAUUUUCUCUUCAGAAUUUGGUCCCAGACUCCAUCCUUCUAACCUCUAUUAAUGCCCUCGAGUCCCAUCAGAGGACUUCUUUCUUCAUUUUGCUUUUGUUUAUAGGUGAAUAUGGGAAGUACCAAAGUAAUUUCCACCCUGGUUUCAGUUCACGUUGUGUGCAUGACAAGAGUAGCUGAGAAUUAUGAUUGUAAAAAAGUUCUCCAAAGUGAUGGCUCAAACAGGUAUUAACACAAAUGAGGUAUUAGGAUAGUUAAUGUUGAAAUCAAAGCAACUGAUAUUUGUGUGUAUCUCUUUGUGUAUUAUAAGUAUCUCGUUGAUGAAUAAUUAGAGAUUCACCUGGACUAUGAAGUAAUGAAUGUCCUGCAUGUUUUCUGUGAUUUAGAGAAGAUUAGCUGAAGUCCCAGCCUUUCUAUGAGCUUUGCAGGAGAGAAAUUUUCUUCUGUUCUAAAUCAUAACAUGAUAUUCCAUUAGCAUAGUUCUCAGUAAACACCCAUUUUUAGUUCUGAGUUUGUUCACCUCUUGUACAUGCAAAAUCAGUUUUGCUUCUCACCCAAACAUACUGUUUUAUAAGUAGGUAACACUAACUUAAAUAGCCAUUAUCAACUACUAGAUUGAUGCUGAACUGCUUUUCUCCACUGUUCAAUAAAUGCUGCGCAGAUUUGGAUAAUGUAGCAAAUCUAGCUAGAGUCUUCUUUCAAAAGUGACUGGAAUAACAAAUAUGUGUCCAAAGAUCGUGUUGUUUCACUUUGCUUUUUAUGAAGUUAUGUUCUUUUAGAGAAAGUUUAUGUUCUGUAGAAAUCAGGAAAGAUUCUAAUUAACAGAGCAGAAUGAUGUUUGGAGCUGUGAAUGUGUAUUUCUUAUGCAGAUACUGUAAACAUUAGGCAUUUUCUUGAUUUGCUUAGACAGGAGUAUAUCAAUAGCUAGUGUAAGCUUGAGUUCACCCUUAGAUCCCCAACUACCAGCCAUUCGUACUGCGACUGUUUGAGCUGUGGUGGCAUUCUUGGUAAAUGUAAAAAACACCCUGAUGAAUUAAAAUUCCUGACCUGAAGCUAAAGCUUUUAUUACCUCCUUUGUGGCUUUUCUGUACCCAGAAUAUUAUAGGAAUAUGUUGCUGUGGGUACCGUUUUCAGGAAAGCCACCAGCAGAAUUCCACAUUUCUUCCUUUUUUCAGUUUUGCUUACUCUGCUGGCUGCAUUAUUUAGCCCUUUAUGUAACCUUCUCCUGUCCCAUGCUUGCAUUCACCUGGCAGAAUCAGCGACUGCUGUACAAACAAGACUUUCAAAUACUCUGCUUUAGACUACACCAUGUUCUUGUGCACACGUAGCAGUUUGCAAUGGAUGAAUGGAUGGUCCUCUCAAUCACAGCUAGAAAAACAGUCAUAGCUCUAAUAUAGUUUUCUAGAGUAUAAGCAUGAGUAAUAUGUCAAAUGGAUUCAAUGCAGACGUGAUUAAGCAUGUAAAAACAAAAUACUGGAUAGUAGUAGAGUGAAAAAAAGCAGCCAAGAAGGGCUUAGCACUUACUGUAGGGAGUCUGAGAGGUGCCUGUUGUUGCUCCUAAUGUUUAAUGUUUGUGAUUCAGCUCUUCAACUUGCUCUAAGAGUGAAAAGAAAAGGAAACUUGACCUUGACUUCAAGAGUACAGCCUGAAACGAUUGCUACUGGAAGAAUCAUGGAACUACUUUUCCUGUUCCCAUAAUACAUUCCUUGUAUGUAAAGAAAUUUUUCGCAGCCAAAUCACAUGACCCUACAGUAGAAGAGGGCUUAGCCUAGUAAUUGCCACACAUGAUUUUUAUUCUUUUGAGGAAAAAAAUGGGGCACUGACUCCUGGUAGGCAGCCACUGAGUGAAGUAGGUGGAAUUGGCUUCACUUGAUUAUAAUCAGCUUUGUCCGUUUGAUGCCACGUCAUCCAUACGCUGUUGGCACAUUCUCAUCCUGCCGCUUAGUGUCAUAAAGCUCAGCAGGGAAUAUAAACUGAGGCCACAGUAACAUAUGGAAGAGUCUUGGCAGGAUUUGGCUGGUCGUUUGAAGUGUUCUCCCUUUUUCCUUGGGUAGGAGAUGAAGUCAGAGUUAUAUGUUUCAUAUAUAGGGAUCAUUAUUUUUAGACCAGCAGCAGGUCUUAGCCUUUGCAUGUAAUCCGCUCACCCAGAGCUGUGGCUCUGAGGUUUGCACAAAGUGCCUGUGGAGCUCAGUCAUUGAUGUUGAGUGUAACUUGGAUUUUGGAAGUGUGGAUGCUAAAAACAUGUCAUAAUUUAAAGCUUAAUGACUCAGGUUUGUCUAUGUCACCUUCUGUUUCAAGCAUGGCAGAUUUGUGAUCCCAACUUAUGUAAUUCUUAGUACAUUGGUGUUCUCUGAGUCAAGUGAGGGAGAUACGAGGCUGUCCUAUUAUCUGUGACCAGAGCACCACUGAGUUUGGAGUGUAUUGCAGACAGGAAUCUGCAUCUUCUCAGCAGCCAGGGACAGCACAUACAGAGGGAAUCUUGGUACAUUUAAAGGCUAUCAGGGCCCAUUCUGAAACACACAAGCUGAACUGCAUGCAUUUGGUGCUGACAGUGAGAAGGUUUGCCUAGGAUGUCAUCCCUCAGCUAUACAUAGCAAACUCAAAGCUCCUUAAACCUCUUACCAGUCACUUUCCACAAAUGUGCACAUACCUAAAGGUACUUAGUGAAAAUCCUUGAGAGGUAUUUAAUGCAAAAGCAGUUAGUGUCUCUGGUGUUUUUCAGAAGACCCCACAAACCACUAGCAGGGAGAGGUACAGGGCAGCUACAGCGCAGCACUUGGGCCAGUUACUCAUUUUGUCUCAGCCGGGCUCUGCCACCACAAGAGCUUGCCAAGAUGUGUGACAUGGGGGGCCUUGACAACCUGAUUGCCAAUACGGCCUAUCUGCAGGCAAGGAAGAGUGGAGAUGGAGACACCAAGGAGAUGCAAAAGAGGCGUAAGAGCCUCUCGCUGCCCAGGAUUGAUCAAUGCGGAGAGGUUAGACAGUCUGUUGUUGCUGAUUAUGACAGCAUCUGUGAGCAGCAGCCCAUUGGCAAGAAAUUCUUCAGAGACUUCUUGGAGACAGUGCCAGAAUAUAUGGUAGCUAGGGACUUCCUGGAUGAGGUGUCAAACUGGGAGUUGGCAGAGGAAAGUGUCAAGAGCAGUACCAUGGAGAAUAUGAUCACCAAUUUUCUUAAGGAAGGCUCCAAAAACUAUCUGGCUUUCAUGAGCUCUGACUUGGCCAGCAAAUGCCAGGCAGCUACUGUGAAAGACUAUGAGAACAUCAUGCAGCUGGCCAAGGAGGAAACCAAAGUCUUUCUUAAAGGCAAACCCUUCCAGGACUUCCAGACCAGCCCCCUCUAUGACAAAUUCAUCCAAUGGAAAGUUUUUGAGAAGCAGCCAGUAACUGACAAAUACUUCUAUGAGUUCCGAGUGCUGGGCAAAGGUGGCUUUGGAGAGGUUUGUGCCAUCCAGGUGAAAAAUACUGGCAAGAUGUAUGCCUGCAAGAAACUGGAUAAGAAAAGGUUGAAAAAGAAAGGUGGAGAGAAGAUGGCACUGUUGGAGAAAGAGAUCCUGGAGAAGGUCAACAGCCCUUUCAUAGUCACUCUAGCUUAUGCCUAUGAGAGCAAAAGCCAUCUGUGUCUUGUCAUGAGCCUCAUGAAUGGAGGAGAUCUGAAGUAUCACAUCUACAAUGUGGGAGAAAGGGGUUUGGAAAUGAAGAGGGUCAUCUAUUACUCAGCUCAGAUCACCUGUGGGAUUCUUCAUCUCCAUUCCAUUAAGAUUGUGUAUCGAGACAUGAAACCAGAAAAUGUCCUCCUGGAUGAUAACGGUAAUUGCAGACUGUCUGAUCUUGGAUUGGCAGUGCAAGUGAAAGAGGGAAAAAGCAUCACUCAGAGGGCUGGGACAAAUGGUUAUAUGGCUCCCGAAAUCCUGAAGGAAGAUGAUUACAGCUAUCCUGUGGACUGGUUUGCUAUGGGGUGUAGUAUUUAUGAGAUGGUUGCUGGGCGAACACCAUUCAAGGAUUUCAAAGAAAAGGUCAGUAAGGAUGAGGUUAAAAGAAGAACUCUGGAAGAUGAGGUGAAAUUUGAACAUGCCAACUUCACAGAGGAAGUGAAAGAUAUUUGCCGACUGUUUUUGGCUAAGAAAACAGAGAAUCGUUUAGGAAGCAGAAAUGAAGAUGAUGACCCAAGAAAACAUAGUUUCUUCAAGACAAUAAAUUUCCACAGGCUAGAGGCAAACCUUAUUGACCCUCCAUUUGUGCCAGAUCCAUCUGUUGUUUAUGCCAAAGAUGUUGCAGACAUUGCUGACUUCUCUGAAAUCCGAGGAAUUGAGUUUGAUGACAAAGAUAAAAAGUUCUUCAAAAGGUUUGCCACAGGUGCUGUCCCUAUAGCCUGGCAGGAAGAAAUUAUUGAAACGGGACUGUUUGAAGAACUGAAUGAUCCUAACAGAGUAGAUUCUGGGGGAUACGCAAAUGGAGGUGAAGCUAAGUCAGGAGUUUGUUUGUUGUUGUAAAUAUCACAUCGGUAACAAAAAGAGUAGAAACCACCUCAGAACUUUCCAUAUUCCGACACUGUUGCAGAAAUUCAGUGCAUCUGUUUAAGAAGAACCAAUCAGUGUAAUAUGACGUUGAUAGGCUAUUUAGGACCACGAGCUGUGUAGACUAUUAUUUUCCUUUGCUCUAGCAAGGGAGAUAAUAUUUUUUCUUUUUUGGAGAUUCAUCAAGAUGAAGAACCAUAUUUCUCUAGGAAACUUAGCAUGAUAGAAAUUCUGAAAUACGAAAAGCAAAAUGAGCGAAGAGGCAACACCUUUUGAAAAUGACUGACUACCAUUUUGAAUACAAUAAUUUGUUGGUUUUCUUUCUAUUUUCUUGUUAUUUCUACUAACAAUUCCUCUUUGUUCUACAGUUUUCAGGAAAGAUUUUUUUAAUUUUCAAGUAGUAAUAUUGUCAGACAAUGGAGCUUAUAUAUCAUGUCAAACUUGGAACCUUAUUGGUUAGCCAGUCUGUCUGUUGUUUUCUUAAUUUCUGUUAGUUUUUUAAUGGUUUGACUGUAAUAUUUUCAGAUUGUCAAAAAUGUAAAAGAAGGCUCUACAUAUCACUAGGAAAUAGGACCAAAAGGAUCAAACUCUUUUCAAAGUUGAUUUUAACAGAGUGAGGAAAAGAUUCCACCAAAUUAAUUGAAUAAAGCAUUUAUUUAUUA